AUGCUGAAGAAUUCCGAGCAAGUGCGACCACUCGCCGCCGCGGCCGCCGCCGAUCUUCCUUUCAUCUCCGGUGAGGACCAGAAAACCCCCUCCGCAGCCGCCAAAAUCCGGCGCAUCAAAUGCUGCGGCUGCGCCGCCGCGCUCCUCGUUCUAGUCGGCAUCGCCGCGAUCCUAGCUUCGACGGUGUUCAGACUCAGAGGCCCGAUCGUCCGAGUCGGAAACCUCACCCUCGGGAGCUUCCCGAUGCUCAGCCGCCGCAGCAACGUGACCCUGAUCGCCGACGUCUGGGUGAAGAAUCCGAACUUCGCGUCGAUCGACUACGGGAACAUGACGACGACGCUCUUCUACCGCGGCGUGGCGGUCGGGGAGUCGCGCGCGCCGCCGGGGACGGCGAGGGCGCGGCGAUCGGAGAGGAUCAGCGCGACGGUGGUGGUCAUGGCGGAUCGGAUCCUGGCGCAGCCGGAUCUGGAUGCGGACAUCGUGUCGGGUUUGGUGAACGUCAGCAGCUACACGCGGGUUGGCGGGAAAAUCAAUCUGGCGAUUUUUGAGAAGCGUGUGACGGUGAAGAUGAGCUGCAACGUGAGCAUCAACGUUACGAGCAGGGAGAUUCAGCACCAUAAGUGCAAAAGGAAGAUCAAGCUUUAG